AGCAAGUCAACUACUUUGUCAUCGCCGAUGCUCAGACUAAUCAUGAAAGAUGGCAAUGGUUUCUAUUGAGAAUCUUUGAGAUCAAAACGAGCUCAGAGAUUGAGAGAGGCAGAGAUGGCAGAAGUGGUGGUGAAUUUGCUGGUACAGAAUUUGACCCAUCUUCUAAUAGAGAACGUCCAGCUCAUAUCUGGCCUCGAGGACGAGGUUCAGGGGGUUCUAACUGACCUGGGCAACUUCAAGUUAUUCUUCAGAGAAGCCGGAAAUGUCCGGUACCACAACGACAUCCUCGAGCGCCUUAUCAACAAGAUCCGGUUCGUGGUCAGCAUGGCCGAGGAUCUCAUCGACCAAUAUGUCGUGGCUGCCAAAAACCACUACGACAAGAAAUGGUUACGGUGUCUGGAUAUCGAACACAAGAAUCGAAAACGGGCACUCGAUAGAACUAUUCAGAAAGUUCGGAUCAGAUUGAGAGAGAUCCAAGAUCAUCCGACGUAUGACCUUGAUCUUCUCCGAGAUGAUGAAUCGUUAAUCUGGCAUAAUCGGGCUCCUAAUCCUCCUAUUGUGGAGGAAGAUGAUGUGGUGGGUUUUGAUGGCGAGGUUGAUGCUAUAGUCCAACGUCUCACUGGUGGAUCAAAAGGGUUUGAAGUUAUCUCGAUAGUGGGUAUGCCAGGACUUGGCAAGACUACUUUGGCCAACAAGGUUUUCAAGGAUGAAAGAGUUGAGUAUCACUUCAUGAUUCGUGCUUGGAUUUAUGUUUCUCAAGUAUACAACAGAAGGGAUAUUUUUCUAAGAAUAUUGAAAGAGUUGAGCAAGCGAUCCUACAGCUACUCUGAUGACGUGACUGAUGAAGAUUUAGUCAAUGAAAUUAAAAUAUUUUUGGGGUCAACAAAAUAUUUUAUUGUCAUAGAUGAUGUAUGGACAGUUCAAAACUGGGAUGAACUCAAAAUUGCUUUCCCCAUCAACAAGGGAAGCAGGGUAUUGGUUUCUACACACCACAAUAUUGUGGCUAUGCAUGCCAAUUCUAGGGGUGACCCUCAUAACCUAAAAUUUUUAACUGAGGAUGAAAGUUGGGAACUACUUCAGAAGAAGGUCUUCCAGGAGGAAAGCAGCUGUCCUUUUGAGUUAGAAAGGCCUGGGAGAACCAUCGCUAAAAGAUGUGGUGGACUACCACUAGCAAUAGUGAUUAUUGCUGGUACUCUCUUAGGUAAACCAAAAACAAGUAGGGCAUGGGACAAAGUAGCUGAUAGUAUCAGUGACUUCCUGAGACUGAGCCUACAGAGCUACGAUUACCUAAUGCGAAUGAGUUACGACCAAUUGCCUUAUGACCUGAAGAGUUGCUUCCUUUAUUUUGGGGCUUUUCCUAAAGGAUCUGAGAUUUCAGCUGAAAAACUCGUUAGGUUGUGGAUUGCUGAGGGGUUUAUUAUUGAGGAAGAUGCACCAUCAUUGACCUUGGAGGACAUAGCUAAUGGAAAGUUGAGUGAUCUUGUCAAUAGGAAUUUGGUGAUGGUAAUGCAAAGAAGGUCAAAUGGACAAAUCAAAAGUUGUCGCAUUCAUGACAUGUUGCAUGAGUUCUGCAUGAAUGAGGCCAAAGAGGUGAAUCUAUUUGAAGAAAUGAACAUGAGCAGGCAGCUAGGUACUUGUCGUCGAGUUAGUGUCCAGAGCAAUCUUUUGGCAUUUCUCUCUUCAGGUCUUGCUGCUGAACAUGUCCGCUCUUUGUUAUGCUUCUCCUCAAAUGAACAUGAACUGCCUGCAGUAAAACUUGCAAUCAUUCGUGAAGCAUUUCCACUGCUAAGGGUGUUACACACUGCACCAGAUGAAUCCAUCAUCUUCACACGUUUUCCUAGAGACAUGACUAAGUUGUUCCAUUUAAGGUACAUUGCAAUAUCAACUACCCUCAAGAUCCUUCCUCAAGCCAUUGAUAGUCUGUGGAACAUGCAAACUCUUAUAGUUAGGACACAGCAAAGCACCCUUGAUAUCAAAGGAGACAUAUGGCAAAUGACACGAUUGAGGCACUUGCAAACAAAUUCAUCUGCUCAAUUGCCUCCACCUUCUUCCUCGAAGACCAAGAAAAAUCCUUUUCCAAAUAGAAACUUGCAAACACUUUCAAGGAUUUCACCUGAAAGCUGCACAGCAGCUUCAUUGGUCAAAGCUCCAGAUUUGAAAAACUUGGGUAUACAGGGAAAUUUGGUUAAGCUUUUUGAAACCAACAAGGAUACUGGGUCUAGUUUGUUCAAAAACCUCAGAGAAUUGCACUUGUUGGAGAAAUUGAAGCUGCUGAAUCAUGGUGGGGAGUUGCAAUGCCUCCCUCAAAAGUAUGAAUUUCCACAAAAGAUUAGGAGGCUAACCUUGUCUGGAACACAGCUCAAAUGGAGUGAAUUAUCUGUAUUGGGAUCACUGGAGUACCUUGAAAUUCUCAAAUUGGUAGAAAAUGCAUUCAAAGGAGAUAAGUGGGAGCCAUCUGAAGGUGACUUUCCUCGUCUCCAAUUUUUGAGAAUUGAGAGGACAGAUUUGAAGACAUGGAAGGCUUCUAGCCUCCACUUCCCAUUACUAAAGAGACUCAUUCUUAGACAAUGCCUUAAUCUGGAGGAAGUCCCACCUAGCCUGGCGGACAUAGACAAUCUUCAGGAGAUGGAGCUGAACCUUACCAACUCAAAUGCUGCACUGUCGGCCUGGAACAUUUUACAGAUAAAACAAGGGAAAGAGAAGGAAGUAAAGGAGAAAGGAGGAACCCCCCGGAGAUUCAAGCUCAGUAUCUAUCCUCCUGAUGAGCUCAAACUGAUACAGCAAAUUUAAAAAUGCCAUGGUGUCAUCUAGAUGAUCUUUUGAGUUGUGCAGGGCAUGAACUGAGCAUCGUUGUUUGCAGAUCUGGUGUGGUCUACCCAAUAAUGCUACACUAAUUUUUUUUUCUGAUAUCCAUAUUUAAACCAAUAAAAAUAAUCUUUGUUUUUGCAGUGCUGUAUAAUUUGUUUGGUGAGGUGGAGAACUUAUGUUUUAUUCUGUUGUUUUUGUAAAUUCAAUUUGUUAUUUGUGCUGCUUGUUAUUCAGGGAGACGUGUUUCUCAUUGGCUGUGUUGUAUUGGAGAUUUGGAAGUUGGAACACAUUUGUAUUGGAGACGUGUUUAUUUGCUUGUUUGUUUAUUUAUGGAUCUUCAUUUUCUU